UCGCGUAGUAUACUUUGAUAGCGACGCUUUGAUCCUACGCAACCUGGACAACUUGUUCGAGCUGGAAGAAUGGCCUUUGUAUGCGCCUAGAGCUUAUUGGCUACCGCAAACCUUCUUUCAAUCCACAUUGCUCGUUUUGCAACCUAGCAAUAGCACUUUUGAAGGUCUCUUGCAGCUCUCCAGGACGCAACCGGGCUUCGACAUGGACUUGCUCAACUCGUACUUUCGCAACACGACCGCAAUUUUGCCUUCCUCAUUCGUCGUCCUCAAUGGCGGAUUCAGACAGUCAGGCACUCGAAUCUCUUUCGUGCCUGGUGCAACGGUGGAUCAGCUUGCCCAAAGGACUCACAUCCUUCACUUUUCUGAAAGUCCGAGAGGUGGAUACGGCAAACCUGAAGAUAGGAAAGCAGUCGACGCACCUGCAGACGCGCAUCCGCUCUUUCGGGGAGCUUUCGAUCGUUAUUGGACCCUCAAAGAGCAGCUGUGUGCGCCCGACAUCGCGUCGGGAGGCGCGAAGUCCAAUGCCGACAUGUCAACGCCUUCAGCCAAGUCCUGACUGGUGGCAGAGCAAUUUGACCCGAGGAACCAUCCGAGAAACCGAGCCAUAAGCAGAGGCUCCCGGCAGGAAGAUGAAUGAGGCGCAUCCCCUCGAUGUUGCACUUUUGACUAUCUGACCUGAACUCUACCGUGGGUUCUGCGUCGAAGCAUUACCAAGCCAGCACUCGUAAGAGUCGCGGCCACACGUUACGAACACGUAGCGCAUCACCGCUGCAGCCGCGGAGGUGCGCACAGGUCCGGAGAGACGAAGACGGCUGGGGAGUGCAAUGGUUCCCGUUCAAGUGCGCCGAGCGAUGC